UCGAGUUCAACAUUUGAAUCAAAAGUUAGUGGGAAUUCCAUUCAAUAAUGUAUAUAUCAGUGCCUUUGUGGGGGCGUGCGUGUAAAAUGAUGGAUAUCCUCAUGUCAAUCAUCGUCAGUCAAGAAGCAAAUAAAACUUGUUGACAGCACCGAACAUAAGAAAGUGCUCAACUACGUACCAAUUAUUGGUUAUGCAAGUUUUUCUACUAAUGAGGAGUUUAAGCGCUGUUAAAGCGCUUAAAACCUCGGGAUAUAUUUCUGGAUAGAGUUACAUGGUCAGUUAUGAAGCAAGUUCGUGUUUGCUAAUGCUACACGCUGGGAAUCUUGGAUUAGGAUUGAACGCAUAUUUGAAGUUAAAUUCAAAAGACACUAUAUCGGCAGCUGUUCUUCACUGACGGGACUGAAGGAAACAGUACUUGAAAAAUCGAAAUACGUAGUUUCGUGGGAUACGUCUGCCUAAUAUAGGUCACGUCAAGAUUGUCAGUGGAACUCGAGUGUUCGUUAAUGACAUCCCUAAAAUAGCUGGCCCAGGGAAUCGAUACGUCAGUACAUUUGAACAUAACAGAUCCUACCUUACUCGCCGUCGAGCGUCGAUUCCACUUCAAUUUAACACUUAUAGUGUCGCCACAAAUAUUCCGUGAGCUUUAGUACAGCAACUCAAGAAAAGUUUGUUAUUUCUUUUGACGUUCUACUAUGAGUAACAUAGGUUACAUUAUGGAUAAUCGUAGCCUGAGAACCUCGAACAAUACCCGAAAUAGUACAUCGAUCAACAGGACAAGCGAAACGAUAGAACUCAGUGCAAGAGUAAUUGUAUCAAUAGCACUGAUGAUCAUCAUUAUAUUGGGAAACUCAUUGGUUAUUUUAGCGUACAAGAAGAACCAUCGUCUUCGCACAGGAACCUACACUUUUUUAGUUAGUUUGGCCAUUAGUGACUUUCUCGUUGGAAGCGUCUCACUUCCCUUGUGGAUCUACGGUUCAGUCCAAGGGUGGCCACUGCCCGAUAAAGUUUACACGUUCUUUAUAUGCUUCGAUAUAUUCAGUGCUCUGGCUUCGACGUUGCACCUCUCUGCUGUCAGCUUGGAGCGUUUUGUUGCGAUUUCUAAACCGUUUUACUACAAGACGAUUACCUUUCGCUCGUAUUUUGUCUGGAUUGGGGUUGCCUGGGGUCUGGCGUUCGUCGUCGCUGCACUUCACCCACGAAUUCUAAGCACGGUGCUCCCAAUUCCUAAAGAUUCGAUUCACUUCAUGUACCAAGUCCACGGAAUUGUCUUGUUCUCGUGUGGGUACCUUGCUCCAAUGGUUCUCAUCACAACAGUCAAUAUAAGGAUUUUUAAGAUUGCAAAGAAACUGAUCAGGAACAUGGCAAGGCCAAGUCAAGUGACAACAAACCGUAACUCGAGCUCGAUCUUGAAUUACACCCGGAGACGAUUACCAAAAGAGCGUAAAACAGCCAUAACACUGGUAAUGAUUACAGGGUUAUUUUUCGCCGCUUGGCUGCCAUUUUUUAUCGUUAACAUGUUAAGUUUGUACUGUUUAACGACAUGCCUUUCCCUGGACGAGCGCAAACUUCUCAUCAUAGUAGAAUUCACCAAAUGGCUUCAUUACAGUAACAGCGCCAUUAAUGCAGUGAUUUACGCAUUUCGUGAUAUUGAGAUGAGGAAAACGUUCAUAUCUUUGCUGUGGCCCUGUUGCAGGCCUUGUAAGGGGAGUCGUGUAGAUCCAACAUCACCAGGCCCGAGCGUAUUGCGAACUCGACACCACAGCUCUUCGUCCGUUUCUAAGCUGCCCGAGUUCCUUGCAGCGAAAGAAAAAGAAACAGAUCAUGACUUGGCAUGUUAAAUGGUACAUCAAUCCGAGGAGAAAAACAGCAACGACAAUAGCAGCAGUAGACAUUGAACUGUAGCAGAAUCAGUAGCAGCAAUGACAACAGCAGCACCAGCUGUUCAGGCAUGUGUUAUCAUCAUCAUCACUAAUAACCAUCGUCAUUAUGUACCAUCAUCAUCAUCAUUAUCAUCAUUAUCAUCAUCAUCAUGAACAACAAUAACUUUAAAACAUGAACCACACACCUUUCAUUUUCGCAUGAAAUUAAAAGGGAAAGUCCUGUCAGUAAUUCCUAAUCGUUAAUAGUUGUAUAUUAUUGUAAAUAACUGUAAGUAGCCAAUCCAUUUCCCUAAUAUUUAUGAUAUCAAGUGUAAAAGAGUACUCAAGUGUUCAUUUUCAGUGUUCAUUCUAGAUGCUCCUGCUAUUUUGGCUUCACUUCCUAUUUUUAUAUUUUUUUUGCUCCUUUUAUCUGUACCGUUCUCCAAAAUUAGCAGAUAAGAAGCAUUAGCUUUGUAGACACCAGUGAAGGAUUAUCUGUUACGUAUAUUAAUAGAACGAUCUUAUAUUAUUUCUAGUCCCCGAUUCGAUUCAGACCACUUGUCAUUCCCUUGAGUAUUAUUCCUUUUUCUGACCAAUGACACCUUAGAAGAGACUUUUUAAUGUUAGAAUAUGAAUGUGUCUCCCUAAACAAAGAAUCUUAUUCUCAAUGGAAUGAUGUGUUCGUAGUCUGAAAUGGGAAAACAUUAAUAUAUUGCGUACAAAGACGUAUUUCUGCUGUAUAUUUGUAGUUAGCCAGAAGGAUGACAAUAUGAGAUAAUGCAGAGCUUCUUACCACAUGUGGUCAUGCGUUGGACCCGUCUAAUUUUCUAUUCGGGUAGAUAGAGCUAUUAAUUUAUUGCUUCGAGGGUUUUCCAAAAAAUCAACCUCUAAAUCAUAAUGCAUAGUAUGUCUCUGGUUCGAAAAGCCAACAAGCAGACACUCCCUUUACUUAUCAGAUGUUAUAGAAUAAAUUAUACUUUCAUUUUACGAAGCAAAGCUGUACAUAAAUACCUGCUGUAGAUACCGUGUCAUGAAAAUAAAGGAAUUGUCUUUCCUUUU